UGGAAAAUAGGGCACGGCUCCGCCAUUUUGGAUACAUUCUGCUUAUUCCGGUGAGUCCGUUUGCGUGUGAAGUGCUAGGAUUCUCACACAAGUAUGUUGCCUAAAACCAAGUGCGUGCAAAAAGCAAAGCUUGCAGAGCAAGCUGAACGAUAUGAUGACAUGUCGGGGUUUAUGAAUCAAUGCGUAACGGGGGGCUAUACCGCUGAUCCAAAAACUCCACUCGACAACGAGGAGAGGAACCUGCUGUCGGUUGCCUACAAAAACGUCGUCGGCGCUCGACGUUCGGCCUGGAGAGUUGUCUCAAGUAUCGAGCAAAAAACCGAAGCAAAUGACAAGAAACUCGAAAUGGCGAGAAAAUACAGAGAAAAAAUUGAAGAGGAGCUUAAAAAAAUCUGCAACGAGGUGUUGGAGUUGCUGACACUGUACCUCAUACCAACUGCAAAAGCCGACACAGUCCAGUGCGAAAGUAAAGUGUUCUAUUUGAAGAUGAAAGGAGACUACUAUCGUUAUUUGUCUGAAGUUUCACUGGGUGAACAGAGAGCAGAACAUGUGGAAAAUUCUGCUGCUGCUUAUGAGGAAGCAACAGCCACUGCUGUUAAGCUGCCUUCUACCCAUCCUAUCCGGCUUGGGCUGGCAUUGAACUUCUCUGUAUUUUAUUAUGAAAUAAAGAAUGAUCCUGACCAAGCAUGCAAACUUGCUAAGCAAGCUUUCGAUGAUGCAAUUGCUUGCUUAGACCAGUUGAAUGAAGACUCCUACAAAGACAGCACAUUGAUAAUGCAGCUGUUACGAGAUAACCUUACACUGUGGACUUCAGACUCCCAGGGCGAGUGUGCUGAUGAGCAGCAGCAGGAGCAGCAGUGAUGAUGCAUGCUGUUCCAGCUUCACCUCCUGCUCCCACAACACCUCCUCCCCUCCACCAUCAUCUUGUCACAAGCCUCAGCAAAUGAAGAAAUGGAGACCAGUGCAAGUGCAAGGCCACGUCACUUGCUUGUCCCACUUCCCCCCACUCUUGCCCAGCCUCAAUCCUGGGCUUUUCACCUUAGCCCUUCCCUAAUUCCACUACCCCCAGCCCCACCUUCUCAUCGCUUUAGCUACAUCUAGCACCAUGUUUCUGUCCUGUGCAGUGGCAAAGUGCAUCAUAGCUGACUGGCUGAUUAAUUUUUGUAGCUGGUCAUUUGGUGUGUGAUGUCCUUUUUCCAGUGGCUGGCUCUCAUGCAGUCGCCUGGUUUAUCUGUGGAUCUACUGGUUGGAUAAGUUGCUGGUGCUUUGGAUUAUCACCUCCAGAAGUCAAGGUGCGUGUUAGCGGGACACAGGGUGGAGAUUUUGCAUGCUCCACUGUUUGUCAACAAGUCGUGCUGCAAAAAAAAAUUUUUUUUUGUUUAUUUUAAUUUUUUUUUCUUGUGUGUGUCCCAGAUCAGCAUGACUUAACUUGGAUAGAAGUACGCUUCAUUUCUUGUUGGAGUGAGAUGAAUUUUCUUUCUCUGCAGUGAUGUUCUGAGUUGAGCCUGAAACGUUGAUGACGUAAUGGUCAAAGAAUUUACCAUUGUUAUCAGUUGGCAGAAAGCUGUUUCAUACCCGAUAUAUGGUACUGAGCUUUGAUUUUAAAGAAAUGGAAAAAAAACAGAAAAGCAAAUACAUUUGUAGAAAUUGACAUGUGACUACUGUAUUCAUGUAAUGUUUAAUUUAGUGUGUCCGUACAUCAGAUGCAUGUCAUUUUGAUGAUUAGCCUGCCAAACUGUUACUUUCUCUGCGAGAUGAUGUUACUGUUGUUGUGGCUUCUUAACUCAUUGCAGUUAUGUUGUUUCAUCCUUGUCUGCUAAAAUCCAUUUUGAUACUUGAAACGUUCUGCUGCCUCUCACUCUUGACUUUCUAUAAGAUUGCUUUCUUUAUGAAGCUACUGUUGAUCAAUUGUAGGGUUGUUUUCCAUCACAUUGAUUAAGUCCUGCCAGGAUGGAGGUUGGAGGGGCUUGGCUUGUAGUAGGUUUUAUAAAGACUGUUUGGAUGCAGAGAAAAGGCAUGUAACAUCUGAGUUUUUAGAAGCAUAAAAGUUUAAUUCCUUGUUUUGGGUUAGUAGUAGGUUUAAAAACACUUCUUUCAGUUCCCAUGUUUUAUCUUUCACCACUUGUAUCCUGUUGGUCAGGUUUACUCUUUCUGUAUGUAUGAAUGAACAGUAUGUUUUUGCCAUGUUUUGUUAUUUUUAAUUAUCACUCACUGUAAUGCUGUCCUUUCUUGUCUGUUGGCAUGUUUAUUCUUUCCUUCAGCUAUCGAAGGUCAUGUUGGUACUGUCCGUCUUGUCGCUCUGGAAAUCUCAGUGAGAACAGUGUUCCACCGUUGGCUACUUAGUUUUGCCUUGGCAUUGGCACUUGGCUCGCUCAUCUGAAAGUUUUAGAUUUUGUUACCACUUAAUGAAUUGAGUCUGAUCUUUGCUCUUGGCCCUUUAGAUUUGUCUAGCAGCAAACAUUUGAUUUAGAUUGCUUAUAUCCUUGAGACAGCCCAUUUCAUACCCCUUGUUGUAGCAAAGUUCCUUGCGUAGGAAAUUCUUCUUUUUCUUAAUGUUCCACAUAAUGCGAGUUGCUAUCUUUUACUAUCAUUAUGGUUAUUACGUACAAUAUUGUGGCAAAAUAAUAAAUACAGGAACUGGAAGUCUG